AAUGUGUGAUGAACUAAACUGUUCCUUGAUUCAUGAAGAAGUAGAACUUAACAACAGCGAUGUCAUUUUAGUGUAGAAUGUUCGAUCGAUAACUAACGCACCAAUAUAACUGAAGACUGGUUUAUUUGUUGUUUGAGAUAACCGAGCGGUUCCUUUACAUCUUAACGGCUUCUGCCUACGCCCAUCGCAGCAUCCCUGUAGACAAAACAAGCGCACCCGGCUACAGACUUGAGGCAUUGCGGAAGUAGCUUUUCUAAACAUUUCCUAAACGUCGCAGCUCAGCGGAGGACAGAACUGUGCUCUGGACGAUGCUGCAGGGGCCGUGCGCAGACAGUAGUGGCCCUAGGUUCACUCCUUUGGUGGUACUGGAGCUAGCCUCAGACACUAAGGAGGAAGCCAUUGCAUGGCUACUGGGGAGAAUAAGAGACAACCAACAGAAUGGAGGUGCUGAGCUGCUGGUGGAGCAGCUGGGCCCUGGAGUCGAGGCUCAGGAGAAGGAAAACCCCAACAUGUUCUUGGUGGGGGCUACACAGCAGAGGCUGCUGUCUGGUGCUGAGGAUGUAGGCCUCUUCAAGGAGUUCAAGGAUGGAUCCAUGAGAGGCUUUACCUAUGCCACCAAACACAACUUCAAAGACUUUGAAGGGGACGGGGACUCCUUCCUCAGCAUGGCUGAGUGUCAGUACAUUAUUAAACAUGAGCUAGACACAUUACGGGCCAAAGAUGAGACUCAUGUACCAGGACACCCCCAGGCCAAGCUCUACCCUGGGAAAUCUAUCAUUCGCAGACUGCAGUCCAAGGGGAUUCUGAUCCAAGUUUUUCCUCUCCACGACAAGGAGGAACUGAAGAGGCUGUCUUUUUCUUGGUACAAAAAGGUGAAGUUGGCCUAUCAGCCUCUUGAUGACAUCAGACACUACUAUGGUGAGGGUCAGGCCCUCUACUUUGGCUUCCUGGAGUACUUUACCUUUGCCCUGGUACCUAUGGCUCUCAUUGGAGUGCCUUACUAUCUGUUUGACUGGGAGGACUACGACAAAUAUGUCAUCUUUGCUGGGUUCAAUUUGGUCUGGUGCACUGUUAUCUUGGAGUUUUGGAAGCGUUGCAGUGCCUCACUAGCCUACCGCUGGGGCACACUGAGCAGGAAAAGGGCCUUUGAAGAACCUCGGCCAGGUUUCCAUGGCGUCCUCGGGUUCAACCCUGUAACUGGCCGUGAGGAGCCUCUCUACCCCAAUGUCAAAAGGCAACUGCGUAUCUACCUUGUGUCCCUGCCCUUUGUCCUGUUCUGCCUUUACCUGUCCCUCACCAUCAUGAUGAUCUACUUUCUAAUGGAGGGGUGGGCGCUGUCAGUCCAUGAUGAGGACCCCACAUUCUGGACAGGAAUACUGUUGUACAUCCCCAGUAUUAUCUAUGCUGUGGUCAUAGAGAUUAUGAACCUCAUCUAUAGAUAUGCUGCCGAGUUCCUCACCGAGUGGGAAAAUCACAGGCUAGAGUCAUCAUAUCAGAAUCACUUGGUCCUCAAAGUAUUAGUAUUCAACUUCUUCAACUGUUUUGCCUCACUGUUCUACAUCGCCUUUGUCAUGCAGGACAUGGUGCUACUCAGACAGAGUCUGGCCACACUAUUGAUCACUAGUCAGAUCUUGAAUCAGUUUAUGGAGGCCUUCCUACCCUACUGGCUCCAGAGGAGACGCAACAAGAAGAUGAUCCGCAAAGUCCAGAAUGGAAGAACUCUGGAGGACAAAGAGCUUCCUCUGGUUGAGCAGGUCCGGCUGGAGGCCGACAUGAGCACAUACUUGGGUACCUUUGAUGACUACCUGGAGCUCUUCCUGCUUUUUGGUUACGUCAGUCUCUUCUCCUGUGUCUACCCUCUGGCUGCUGUCCUGGUGGUGCUGAACAAUAUCACCGAGGUUUACUCUGAUGCCUUUAAGAUGUGUCGUGUGUUCAAACGACCCUUCUCGGACCCGGCAGCAAACAUAGGAGUCUGGCAGCUUGCCUUUGAGGCCAUGAGCGUGAUAGCUGUUGUGACCAACUGUUCGCUGAUAGGCAUGUCUCCACAAGUCAAGGCAUACUUCUCCAACUCAGAGACACAACUCAUACUGUGGACUGUAGCUAUUGAGCAUGGGCUGCUGGCCUUCAAGUUCAUCCUGACCUUCCUCAUCCCAGAUGUUCCCAAACACAUCCAGAUCAAUCUGGCCCGCCUGGAGUUUGAAUCACUGGAAGCCCUCAAGAAAAAGAAAAUGCUUGAAGCCUCGGAGCUCGUUAAGAACACCCAGUGAAGAGGAGAGGCGGACCUACAGGCAAUGAUGGACCGCCAGCAGCCGCUUCACACUGUUGUUUAUGCAAACACGUAUUCACAUGUAUGUAUUCAGACCAAACCACUUGGGACUUUUUGUGGUUGACCUUUACACAGGGGUGUGCUGCUCACCUGCAAUAUCUUCUCAGCAUUACUAAAUGGGCUGUUAACAGUGGUUUACUACUAUUUCAGAUACACAGCUGUGUACCAGCCAAUCACGCUGGUCUCUACAGAUGUACUGUAAUGAGGUUUUAUGUUGGGGUGGUGGAUACAUGAGAUAAAUGGUGUUUUAAAAAGAUGUUAAAAUCACAGAAGAAUGCUGUAUUAUGACGUACUAUACUGUACCAAAGCCUCCAUCUAAAUGGAUGACUGAUGCUGACUGUAUUUCGCUAUUAAAGCUGCUUGUGAUUAGAAAUCAUUUUGAGUUCUACACUCCAAGUAACUGAACACCUAAUUGUGAAAAGUGGUAUCAAAUACUGGACUUUGAAGCCAACUAUCUGCAUUUAUGUGUCUGAAUUCCACUCUUCAAAAUUUUCAUGACGUAAUUUAAGCAGUGCAAAAUUCAGUUAUCCAAUGGAAAUAAAAAGCUAUAUUCAUGUCACUAAGACUUUGUUGUUCAUUUUCUAGUAUAUACAUUUCAUUCCAUUUUUUUAAAUAAUUACUAAAAUCAAAGUUCAAGAUUAAAAAUUUAAACUUUAACACUGGGGCUACCAAGAAAAUGCUAUCAAGCAUGAAACUGUCCUAUCAGGUUACAGUCUGUUAAUCAUGUAAUUCAGAAAGAUGUUGGACAGCGGAGUUUUUUAUCUGGAUUUGUGUAGCCAAGUGCUUGACAUAGCAAAACUUGAAAUUUCCUUUUGGGAAUUAAAAGCACAUAAAUUCAGAUACGAUGUUUCUCAAAAUAAAAUGUUUAACACCAUAAAUGCGGUAUUUGAUUUUAACAUUAAUCACAAUUAGGUAUUCAGUGGCUUACAAGACUUAAGAAAAAAGGAGUGUCUGUUUUGUUUGUUUUAGACAAGAGUUAAUGACAAAUGCUGAGCAUGUGAUGUGACUAGAGUGUAAUUAGUCAGUAAUAAUAUCAGUCUGUUUCUUCCAGUGUACAUGAAUAUGACUUAAGUCAACCAUCCCUGGUGCCUUGAACUGUAAUGCCUAUCUGAAUAUGCUUUACACACAGUCCUCUGGUAUUUACAAGACCUAAUGUAUUAAAAUUGUUGUGAAGAAUAAAGAACAUUGAAACCUUA